CACCUACGUCAUGAUUUGACCUUUUUCGAGUUCCCAGCUGCCUUGAAAGCCUCCGAGUCAGUACUUUGACAGUGCGACGGUUUGUCCUCGGAGAACAUACGUUUCGCUGUUGCCUUGUUAGGUGCCAAAAACAAGAUGCUCUCUUACAUCAUUGGGCUCAUUCGGAGCAGUAUCGACAACAUCAUCAACCUCAUCCUGAGCCUCUUCCUCUCAAAGAAGAAACCUGCCAUCACCCUAGAGGACCCCAACAUCAAAUAUGCAUUAAAGCUGAUAGAUAAAGAGAUCAUCAGUCAUGACACAAGGAAAUUCCGUUUUGCCCUGCGGGAGAAUGAUCAUGUCCUUGGGCUACCCAUUGGGCAACACAUAUACCUGUCUGCCAAGCCAGAUGGAGUCCUGGUGGUCAGACCGUACACACCUGUGUCUAGUGACGACGACGUAGGCUUUGUAGACCUGGUAGUCAAGAUUUACUACAAGAACGUUAAUCCAAAGUUUCCUGAAGGUGGGAAGAUGAGUCAGUACUUGGAGAGCCUCCGGAUUGGCGACACAAUUGAUUUCAGAGGGCCCAGCGGCCUGCUGGUCUACCAAGGAAACGGGGCUUUUGCCAUCAAGGCAGAAAAAAAGGCGGAGCCUGUGAUCAAAACCUCCAAGAAAGUGGGCAUGAUCGCAGGAGGGACUGGAAUCACUCCCAUGCUGCAGAUCAUCACAGCUAUAAUGAAGGAUCCCCAGGACCAGACUGUGUGUCACCUGCUUUUUGCCAACCAGACUGAGAAGGACAUCUUGCUUCGACCGGAGUUGGAGGAGAUCGCAGCUAAUCAUCCAACCCGAUUCAAGCUAUGGUUCACCCUGGACAGGGCUCCUGAGAAGUGGGAGUACAGCCAAGGCUUCAUCAGUGAAGACAUGGUGAGGGAUCACCUUCCACCCCCUGGAGACGACACUCUCAUCCUCCUGUGCGGACCGCCUCCCAUGAUCCAGUUUGCCUGUAACCCCAACCUGGACAAAGUGGGCCAUGCCAGCAGCCGGAGGUUCACCUUUUAGAAGCCACCCCGGGGGAGGGGUUCCCCAGGGCUCAAUGAUCAGCCACACCCAACAUUUAUAAAAACCUGCUUGAUCAUCUAUUGAAAUCAUUUUGUUCAUCCUUCAGCAGAAUUAGUGUGGACCAUUUUCUGUAAUUUGUUGUGCCUCAAUUUCUAAAACAGAAUCCUGAAAUGAGUGGUGUCCAAAGCAUUUUCUGUUGAUCAACAGGUUUAUCAUUCUGAAUUGAAUCACUGGUAGUUGGGGGAGUAGAAGUUCCUCCUGUCAAACUAAUUGUGACAACCAGAUACUUGUGUACUGAACAAAAUAUAAAUGCAACAUGCAACAACUUCAAACAUUUUACUGAGUUACAGUUCAUCGGAGGUAGGUAAUCAGUUAAUUUAAAUUAUGCCCUAAUCUAUAGAUUUCACAUGACUGGGCACGGGUGGGCCUGGGAUUCAAUCAGAAUGAGUUUUUUUUCCCCCCACGAAAGGGCUUUGUUAAAGACAUACUCAUGGCCUUUUAUUGUCCCCAGCACAAGGUGCACCGUAAUGAUCAUGCUCUUUAAUCAUCUUCUUGAUAUGCCAUACCUGUUAGGUGUAUGGAUUAUCUUGGAAAGGAGAAAUGCUCACUAACAGGGAUGUACUGGUUAACAAAUUUGUACAGAAAAUGAAAAUCAGCUUUUUGUGCACCUGGAACAUUUAUGGGAUCUUUCAAUUCAGCUCAUGAAACCAACACAUUGUUUAUAUUUUUUUUGUUCAGUAUAGUUGUAACUUGACUCGAGUGCCUUCGCAAUUGCCAUCCUUUGGUAAAGUAAUUCUUGUUUUUGUAUGCACAGCUGAAGACAUGACCAUAAUACUGCUUACUUUGCUUCCACUGCAAAUUAUUCCAAAGUGUUGUGUAACUUUGCACAUUGAUGUACCUAUUCCAUAUUGUUGCAGAAAGAUUCUCAUUGUGUGACUACUAAAAGAUAGGAUAUCUUGAAGCUGUUACGGAAGUAUUUCCAUGUGCUUAAAUGUAAGGACAAGUAAGCAAGUUACAUGACUUGAAUUACGGUUUCUUUAUGCAACAUGUUUGUUAUAUACAGUGAGACCAAUAAAAUGCAAUCAGUUGG